GUAUAUAACCCUAGUUUGCCCUUGCCACUCACGGCUGAGGUACCGAGACAGUCACGUGGCAGGAUGGCCAGUAGGAAGGCUGGGACCCGGAGCAAGGCCGCGGCCAAGCGUGUGCAGAGGGGCUCCUCCAACGUCUUCUCCAUGUUUGAGCAGUCUCAGAUCCAGGAGUUCAAGGAGGCUUUCAGCUGCAUCGACCAGAACCGUGAUGGCAUCAUCACCAAAUCAGACCUGAAGGAGACGUACUCCCAGCUGGGGAAACUGAACGUGAAGGACGAGGAGCUGGAGGAGAUGCUGAAGGAAGGCAAGGGACCCAUCAACUUCACAGUUUUCUUGUCGCUGUUUGGAGAGAAGCUCAACGGCACGGACCCGGAGGAAUCCAUCCUCAACGCCUUCAAGCUCUUCGACCCCAAUGGCACUGGCACGGUGAACAAGAACGAGUUCAAGCAGCUCCUGCUGACCCAGGCUGACAAGUUCUCCCCAGAGGAGGUGGAGCAGAUGUUCGCGGUGACGCCCAUCGACGUCUCUGGCAACAUCGACUACAAAUCCCUGUGCUACAUCAUCACCCAUGGUGACGAGAAGGAAGACUGAGGAGCAGGGCCGCGCGCUCACGCCCCACACCCACAGCCACUGAAAUAAACUCCCGAGCCACUC